UUUUAAUCGAGCACACCGAAAUUUUCACGGUGCGAUGGUAGUUUGUGACGCCUGCGAUGGCAACAAGAGCAGACAGGUCCCAGGAUCCACAAUGGCCAGACUGGAUGAGGCCAGGUGUACGUGUUAUCCGAGGUCCUGACUUUAGGUCCACAGUCAAAGAUCCGAAGGCUACAAACCUAGGGACGCUCAGUUAUGUGCCAAAGCAAGCGGGAAAUAGUAGGGUGCACGUUGUGUGGGAUACAGGCCAAGAGAGGAACUAUAGCUCUGGAUUUUGUGGACAGUAUGAUCUAAGAGCUUAUGAUGUUCAACAAGUUGGCAUUUCCCAUACGGGAUUUAAAUGUUCUGUUUGUUCAAUUGACCCAAUCCAUGGAAUCAGGUUUCAAUGUGCUCAGUGUGCUAUAGAUCUGUGCACAGACUGUUACCAUGGUGAUAAACACGAUAUGGAUCACCAAUUUAACAGAAUUGAUUCCCCAAAUAGUGAGCUAGUGCCGCUUCCAACCAGAAAGAGUUCCCAGUUUGUGAAGCUGUUUGGUGUGUAUGAGAAGACAGAUGUUAUACGAGGACCUCACUGGAACUACACCGGUUCCGAUGGUGAGACCGGGCGUGGCGUGGUGAAGGCAUUUGUCGAUGAGAAAGACGGAAAGUUUAAUGCAUGGGUGCGCGUAAAGUGGGAGGUUGGGAAGGAGGUCCGGGAGUAUCGUCUAGGGGCAGAGGGCUUUGUAGACAUCGUCGCAUCAAAAGUGACCCCGGGCGGCAAGGUGUAUGCAGACCAUUUGCCUCUUUUGGGUAUAGUAAUGUUAAAGGUGGGAGACAAAGUGACGGUGAACAUGAGCCUUGAAGACUUCAAAAAAGCACAAGAGAAGGCGAAAGUCCCAGGGGGCUGGAAACCAGAAAUGAAACAGUGCGUAGCAGAGACAGGCACCCUCGUAGAGAAGGUCUUCAAUGGCAACUUCUUUCGAGUACAAUACCUCGAUACAAAGGAACACGUCGUCUCCAAAACUGCUCUCUUUAGGCACAGUGGUUUCUGUGAGAAGGAUGCUGUGGAGAUUAUACCGGACAGGCAACGGCUGAAGGCGCUACAGAUUGGCCACGGAGGAACGAGCCCAGACAUGGAAAAGGCAUGUGGUAAGGUAGGUCGCCUGUUGAAGAUCCAGGCAGACGGUGAUAUGGUCGUCCUGGUGAAUGGGAAGAAACUCACGCUCAGUCCAACAUGUUGUGCUCCAAUCUGGGACCAGGAUGUAGCGAAGAGUGCUCCACCAGUACCAAUGUCUGACUCAGAGGAUGAGGCUGGUGAUGAAGGUGAUGGGGCAACAUUCGUGCCAGAAGGAGACUGUGUCCCUGGUAGGAAGCUGGUCAGCAACACGGAGCAGGUCAAAGCAAAGCCCGCUCUCAAAGACUUUUCGGAGGAAUUUGGUUCCCACGUGAACAACAUCAAGCGAAAUCAGGAUGUAACCAACGAUGGCAACAACAUGUUUGAGGCCUUUGCCAAAGCUGACUUAGACAAAGUAAAGGCCAUGAUUAAGUCUAAUAAGAAACUGGUUGACUUCCGUAUGGAGGGUCGGACGAUCCUGCACCUCGCCUGCCACGAGGGCUAUAUUGGGCUCGUACGAGAGUUGAUAGAUGCGGGAGCCAAUAUGGGCCUGCAGGAUGAUGAAGGGGACACACCACUUCACUAUGCUGCCUUUGGAAAGCAGCCAGACUGUGUCCAGGAGCUCUUACAGAAUGCUGCCAACCCUAACGUGAGGAAUAAGAAUGGCCUGACCCCCCUUCUGAUUGCAAUAGACCAUCCUGACAUUGACUCCAUCCAGUGCCUUAUUCUCAACAAUGCCGAUGUCUCAUUGAGGACUGAUGAUGGUGAGACAGCCAUGCACACUGCCAUAGAACAGAAGGAGGGGCAGCCCCUGAUCCUACAGGCUGUCCUCUCAGCAACAACUGCUGACCACACAAUGUGUAAUGCGGACAACUUUAAUGUUCUUCAGUGGGCCGUGUUCAAGAAUGUUCCUGCUGCGGUAAAGAUUGUCCUGGACCGAAGCCCGAGUCUUGUUGAAAUGUCCAUGGGAGAUGACAAGUACACCUGCCUGCAUAUCGCAGCUGUCAACGACUUUGUUGAGAUUGCUGGACUAAUGCUCGAAAUGGGUGGAGCAAAGCCUGACCCCAAAGACAAAGAAAUGAGAACACCCCUUCAUCUGGCUGUGGUCAGACAACAUAAGAGAACUAUUGAACUCCUGCUCAAUAAGAAGGCUGAUGUGAAUGCCCAGGAUAAGGAUGGUAACACCCCACUCCAUCUCUCCCAGAACGUGAAACUCCUACAGUCAUUUAGGAAGACAGUGAGUAACGUGAAGAAUGACAUAAACAUCCAGAUUGUAUACACCCUUCUGGAGAAGGGAGCUGAUCUGUAUAUUAAGAACAACGACAAUUUUACCCCUGUUGACCUUAUUAUUGACCCGACCAUGAAGAAGAUGAUAGAAAAAUUACAAGAUACCUACAAGAAGGAUCCAGUGAUGUCCCAAGCAGGGGUCAAACUCCCGAUCCACUGGACAUCUAUGAAGGUCACGGAGGUUGUGUGCAUCAAAUUGGACCUGAACGACACCAUGCAGCGACAGGAGUAUCAGGAAGUGGAUAAACACUUCCACGACUCGAUGCCCAAUGCAACCAUCGCCAGCGUACAUAGAGUCCAGAAUGCUCAGCUGUGGGAGCACUUUAACCUUAAGAAGCGUGAAAUGGAGAGAAAGUACGGUCAGGGUGGUGCGAACGAGCUUCACCUCUACCAUGGCACAAGACCUGACAUCGUCGAGAACAUUGUACACGACAACUUCGACUUUCGCAUUGCAGGCAGCAGGGUGGGCGCCCUGUACGGGGACGGGUCAUAUUUCGCUACAACGGCCAAAUACUCCGACCUAUACGCAUCUCAAGACUCUGACACCGGGUUUAAGACAAUGUUUGUGGCCAAAGUUUUGGGGGGGAAGAAUUGUCUUGGUGCACCAGGAAUGAAGCGACCACCACAGAUUGAUCCUAAGGACUUUAAGAAAGGCUACUAUGAUUCAGUAGUGAAUAAUAUACUUUCACCUACGAUUUACUGCGUUUUUGAUAUGAACCAAUACUAUCCAGAAUACUACAUAGAGUACCAUUGUUAAGGAACAUUUUGAAAGAAAAUAUUGGUUUUUCAUUUAUUGAUAAGACAAUGGUAGGAUUUGAUAUAUUUUGCAAACGCAAUAUAUGAAUUCCAUUAUUUGAUUUGGAUAAAUAUUCUAUAUUCAUUUUAAGUCAGUAUUUUUAGUCAUUUAUAUAUGUAACAUGUCGUUAUUCAAUGAUGCUGAAUCAUAGGUCUACCCUCAUCAAGUGAGGAAAAGUGUCCAACAUCAUACUACUGGUGGUUGUUUCGAUUUUAUGAUUUACUUUCUUCACAGCUGUUUAGUUUUGGCCGGUCUUGCAUGGUUUGAAAAAAAUUAUGUGAUAACUUAGUUUUGGGGAAUCAUAGGUAAUAAUUAUAAUAUUAUCCUGAUCAAUUUAUUGUGAAAGAAUAAAUGCUCAUAAAUUGUAAAGUGAUAUCAUCUUGCAAAAUGUGAAAAAAACUACUGCUCACAAAAUGUGAAAUAAUAGACACUGAAAAAAGUGACACAAUAAAUGUUAGCAAAAUGUGAAAAUAAUAAACACUUAUAAAGUGUGAAAUGAUAAAUGCUUAUGAAUUAUGAAAUAGUGAACGCUCAAAUUAAUAUGAUUAAAAGGUUUGGAAAAAACCUUGGUUUAUUUGUUUGUUUCAUUCAACUAAAGUGAAUUUUAACCAUUCAUACAUGUAUACAUAGGUAUCUUGUCUUUUGUUUUUGAAAUGUUUUAAUGGAGUUAAUCGUAUAUAUUUAUAUACAUAUGUAUUUGCUUAAGUGUUACCUUCAAUGCUCUAGGAAUGGAUGGUCCUUGGUUACUAGUAUUUAAAUAUAUAACAAAUCAAUUUCUGUCAUGACUAUCUCGGUAUGAUAUGAAUUUGUAUUACCUGAAACAUUCCUAUCAAUUGAUAUCAGCCAUCAAUAGCUGAGGUGAUAGAAAUGUGCUGAUUAAAGCCUGUGUGUGUGUGUGUGUGUGUGUGUGUGUGUGUGUGUGUUCACGCGCGUAUGUGCAUUCUUUAAGAUAUUGCUUUAUUUCUCCUGGAACGUGAUAUGUAUCCGCAAUUUAAUCUUGAAGAAGCCCAUAAAAAUUCGAGUACAUUUACGGUGUUAUUUCUAAAAUAAAAAAAAGUAUUCUC